CUCUGGCCUCAGCAGUAGUCCAGAACCCAUCCGUCUAUUUGAAGGGUCCGACACGGCCCUGAGUUACCAUUUCUGGGUUGGAGUUGUACGUUGUCCUUCGGCGACCCAGCGCAGCCAAGAGAAUGAAUAAGUCUUCGUACCACGAAUUGGAGCUUAAACGGUUGCAGCUCCAACCUGGAGCUCGUAUAAAAGUAAAGGGAUAUAUACAUUCUGCUGCUGAAAGGUUUGCCAUUAACCUGGGCAAGGAUGAAGACAACAUUAUCCUGCACUUCAACCCACGCUUCAACUAUGCUACAGAUCGGAAAAUCAUUGUCUGUAACUCAAAGCACGAGGGCCAUUGGGCUGCAGAACAAAGGAUCACCAACUUCCCCUACGAGCAUAUGCGCACAAUUGACGUGUACUUUGACUUUGAAGGAGAGCGGUUUAAAAUCACGUUGCAUAAUGGCUAUGAGUUUACUUUCCCCAAUCGCCUCAACUUACAUCAGAUAGACUACAUAAUAAUUUAUGGUGACUUCCUUGUCAGAAAGGUGGAUUUUGAAUGAGCCCUCCAGGCAAGCCUCUUGGAGCCCUGUUUUUAUGAAUAAAAGUGCUGAUGGUGAGAACAGCUGA